AUGGCGGACAAUGGCACGGAAAAUGUACAGUACCUUACUCCCCCGGCCGUAAAUGCCCUACGGCAGGAGGCCCGGAGUGUCGAUCCGAAGAAUUUUCCUACGAUGCGUACCUUGAGCAGUGAUAAUAUGCGGGAAGAACGGGAAAACUUGAGGGAAGCAGCGGAGCAAACACUGAAUGUCAUCGUCGAUCUCGACUUGGAAGGCCGUGUCAAAUGGGUUAGUCCGUCCUGGAAGCAGGUCGUGGGCACGGCUCCAGAGACGAUAGAGCGACGGUUGAUCUCGGAUGUUCUGGUGGAGAACAAAAGUGCUUUCUGUGACGCGAUAGAAUCGCUCAAAGAGGACGACUCCCGCAGCCGAUUCAUUCGCGUUUCAGUGCAGUUGGGCCCUGAUUCGGUGUUGAAGUACUCACCUGAACCUCAGCCCCUAAAGCGGGAACAGACAGAUGGAGCGGACAGUGUGAUCGAAGAGCCCUUGUCCGAGGUUGACGCCCGUGGCCCGGAUAUUCUGAACUUGGAAGGGCAGGGUAUUAUGGUUUAUGACCGUACGGCUGAGGGCGUCGCUCACACUAUGUGGAUGCUACGACCAUUUUCCAAGCCAAGAGAAGUUACCAUCGAUUUACCAUCGUCAUUGGUAGAGUCAUUAGGCGUAGGAGCGGAGGUUUUAGCAAACUACCUAACGGUUCUAGCGGAGGCCGCUGCCAACGAGCCGGAUCAAUCUAAACACCCUGCGCCGGAGCCUGUUUUGUGUCGCAUCUGUGAGCGUCAAAUAACUCCUUGGUGGUUCGAAAAGCAUUCGGACCUUUGUCUCCAAGAACAUCAAGCAGAGAUGGACGUUCAGAUCGCCCAGGAGAACCUCAAUGAGCACCGUCAUGCUAUUGUCAGGGUGCUCGAUGCGCUGGAGGCGCGGCAGGGUAGGCCAACGAAUUCCCGCGAUGGUGGCUCGCCUACCUUGCCUCAACCAGAGUAUAAAGGUCUACCGAUCGGGCCCUCGCCUGGCGCCUCGGUGCCUUCUUCAGGGUCGGCAUCUACCACUAGCUCUGCUCCUGCUACUCCUCCUAGGUCUAGGGACCAGUCAGUCUCAGGGGCUGCGCAUGCACGCGCCCGCUCUUUUGCAGUACGGCGUCCGCUAGCUCGAGUUGUCGAGCUGAUUCUCGAUCUUUGUGAUACGGCACUUGAAAUCAACAUGCCUGUUCUUCGAGAGCCCCGUGGCGAUAACGGUGACGAAUUUCGAACCAUGUCACCGCAGUCGGAGUCUCGAAUUUCCCAGGUGCUUCAAUGGCAAUCGCCGAGCUCGAAUACUCUGGAGCAGGAACAAGGUCUUGCUGCACUGUGCAUGGAUACGGAGCAAGUGGCCAGAUCAAAGGUCGAUGCGGUUGUUCGUCAUCGCCGGAUUGUUGAAUACGCGGAGAGAAUUCGUAUUGAGUAUACAGUGCUGGUGGAAGAAUGCAUUGCGGCAGCACUGAGAAAAGCUGAACGUAUCGCCGCCGGCCAGCUCAGCGAUUCCAGCUCUUCUGACGAUGAGACGCCUCCAGAAGAUCCCGUUUCCGACGCAGCUGCUCCCUUGUCUUCUAUCUUCGCGCAGAAUGCUGGUCAUGAGCCUGAGUUACCCCCGCCAGUCUCGGCUUUGACCAUGUCAAUGCGCAACGCACAGGACCGUUUCCAAUCAGGUCAUUCCUCUGAGGGGAAGUCGUCAUCUGCUGCAGUCUCAACCGGUCCAUCUAGUCCGAUGGAAUGUCCUACCCCUCGUUCACACAGGAGUGUCGCUGGGCUGCUAGGGACAUCUCAACCGUCGCGACGCGGGCUGUCGUUGGCUGAUAUUGAUUCAGGCGACCAAAGUGAUAGCAGCAUUGUCUCGUCUUCGAUCACUGGAGCUAUGAGAACUGAUUCCCCUUCGUCCGAUCUAAGCCUGGAACGUAAGCGCAGAAGCCUGGUACUUCCUGGGCUGUCCAGCUCCCCUCGGCGACAGCAUUCCCCCGCUAGGCCGUCUGGCCCUCAUUCACCACUACGUAUGCCUAAGCCGCGUCUUUCUACUGGGGCUGAGAGCUUAUCAUCUCCAGUCGUAUCGCCCUCGGCCAAUCUAGGCGAACUAGCUCUUCAUCACUAUCGGCAUCAUCGCCGUCAAUCGUCAACGACGUCUUCCGACUUGCCUAGGCCACCUGUGUCGCCCCAUUUGACAACCGCCAGCCAACCCCAGCCGCGCCCGGUACCUCCAUCCAUCAAAGACUUUGAGAUCAUCAAACCAAUCAGCAAAGGUGCAUUUGGCAGUGUCUAUCUGUCCAAGAAGAAGACUACUGGGGAAUACUAUGCGAUCAAGGUACUUAAGAAGGCCGACAUGGUUGCCAAGAACCAGGUCACGAAUGUCAAAGCCGAGCGAGCGAUCAUGAUGUGGCAAGGGGAAAGUGAUUUCGUUGCUAAGCUCUACUGGACCUUCUCCAGUAAGGACUACCUCUACCUCGUCAUGGAGUAUUUGAACGGGGGCGACUGUGCUUCGCUUGUCAAAAUCCUAGGUGGAUUGCCUGAGGAUUGGGCAAAGAAGUACAUUGCUGAAGUUGUCCUGGGCGUGGAGCAUCUUCACAGUCGCGGCAUCGUGCAUCGUGACCUCAAACCAGAUAACUUACUCAUCGAUCAAAAGGGCCAUCUCAAGUUAACAGAUUUUGGGCUGUCUCGCAUGGGACUAGUCGGUCGUCAAAAACGUGUUCUAAAGAGCAUGAACGAACAAUCGGCGGACAUGAUAAAGCAAGGCUCGUUUCCUCGAGCCACAUCCAUCGCCUCGUCUCGAUCUGCUUCAUUUGACUUCCAGGGUAGUGGCUCACCAGGAUCUACUCCAUUGAUCACCCCAGAUGUAGCGGGAAGCAUGCCUCAGCCGUCCUACUUCAGCCUCAAUCAAAGUGGUCUUAAUCGACAAACCUCGCGACGAGCAUCUGGGUAUCGCAGUGACAGUGGGGGCAGCGAGAAUUUGAAUGCGAUCUUUCGAACACUGUCAUUAAACGAAGGAGGUGAAACGCCUGGUGCAAUCCCCAUUCCUCCCCCGCCUCCUUCUGACAGCGCACAUGAGGAGGAACGCCAGAGCGAGCCAGGAGAAUCUCCGUAUCUGCAUCCACUUCAACCGUCACACAGCAACGUGUCCACCGGUACCCCACCUCAGCAAACCAUGAUACCUCCUUUGAUGGCGCUGUUUGAUCCCGAAGAUCAUAGCAGACGCUUCGUGGGUACACCGGAUUAUCUAGCGCCCGAGACGAUCAAUGGUGUUGGUCAGGACGAAAUGAGUGAUUGGUGGUCUUUGGGCUGUAUAAUGUUUGAAUUUCUCUUCGGCUACCCGCCUUUCAACGCGGCCACCCCGGACGAGGUGUUUGAAAACAUACUCAAUCGAAGAAUUAAUUGGCCGGACGAGAUUGAAGAACUGGCAUCACCUGAAGCCAUUGACCUCAUGAACAAGCUCAUGGCCAUCAACCCCCGUGAGAGAAUAGGCGCAAAUUCGGAAGAAAAAUUCCCCAGCGGCGGGGCAGAGAUCCGGAGUCAUUCUUGGUUCGCAGAUAUUCAUUGGGAUACUCUUCUAGAGGAUAAGGCUCAGUUUGUCCCCAACCUGGAAAACCCUGAAGAUACCGAAUACUUCGACGGCCGUGGUGCCACACUCCAGGCCUUCACUGAAGAAGAAGAGAGCUCCCCUCAACCUCCAGUCACCACGGGCUCGUACAUCGAUAGACCGCAUGACGCACUUUACAAAGUUCGCACGCAGGUCAACUCGAUCAAACGACCCUUGAUGCCUCUGCAUAUCCCUCCACACGUUCGGGAGUCCCGGAGCAGAAGACUCAGUGAGCCUUCAUUAGCAGACGACUUUGGGAAUUUCGCUUUUAAGAACCUUCCAAUGUUGGAGAAAGCCAACAAGGAUGUGAUCCAGAAGCUACGACAGGAAGCGUUGCAAGCACAACAGCGGCAGUCGAGCAACGCAGGCUCUCAGCCGCCGCAGCAGAACCAAGGUCAAUCCCAGGCACCAGGCCCAGCACCACCCUCGUCUGGACCGUCACUAGAUGGAAGUCCAUUGCCUAUGUCCCUUCAACGGACCAUGUCUCAAUCGAAGGGAAACAAUAGGCCUGCGUCACCAUCCACUCUCAGUCAGGCCAACUCGUCACCAAGCCGCCCCUCGCAGCCUUCGUCUCCUCUUCUAGUGCAGUUCAGCACAGGUCAUAAUCACGAGCGCAGAAAGACCUCGGGAUCGUCUUCAACUACCGCUUCUCAUCAGUCUAGUGGAUCUUUCCAGCCUAGCUCUGCAGAUCAGACUCGGGUGGCAAACAGCAAUAAAUUUGGCUCUGCAUCAUCGUCUCCAAUAAAGCCCAAUCGAGGUGGACCACAUUCUCCCGAUAAAACCGUUCCGAGUCCCCAUCGCCAAAGCAGUGUUCCGACUACAAGAACACGGUCUCAAACUAUAGGAUCACAGGAUGGUGAACUCUCUUCAUCACUAGCUAGAGAAACCUACGUCGCUGGCCACCACAAACGCCGAAGCCAAUUGUUCGAUGUCUCGCCCUCUUCUUCAGACAAUGAGGACCCACGUACAAAAGCCCUGCUAAAGGUGCAGCGGCGCCGCCAGAGCUCAAGGCGGAUGUCUCAAAUCAACUUUGCUGAUGGUCCCUUUUUCCGACCUUUGGAUAUACUCAUUUGCGAAGAUCAUCCAAUUUCGCGCUUGGUCAUGGAACGUCUCUUCGAGCGUCUCCGUUGCCGUACCAUUACAGUUGCCAAUGGGGCAGAAGCAGUACGCUAUGCGCUUAGUGAGGUGCAAUUUGAUAUCAUCAUGACUGAGUUCAAGCUCCCGCAAGUCAACGGAGCGGACGUUGCGCGGAUGGUCAGAGAAACUCGUAGCGCCAAUCGCCAUACGCCCAUAAUCGCGGUCACCAGUUAUCUCAAGGAUCUUCCGGAAACACAUCACUUCGACUCGCUCAUUGAAAAGCCGCCGACCCUAACAAAGCUGACCGAGGUGCUUUGUAAAUUCUGUCAGUGGAAGCCGCCACCGAAAGACUACAACCCGUCAGUGUUUGCUGCUCGUCAUACGCCUCCUGCCCAGUCGGAGCAUAGUCCAAGCUCAACGGUAUCGUCAGGGUACGCGCUUGUGCCAUCUAGCUCUUAUCGCGGGUCUAGUCGUGAGGAAUCCAUCGGCAGUAGCUAUUUCGGCGAUUUGGAUUCCAUCAAAGCUGAAGAAGUCCCUGUCAUUGUAAGCCGACAAGCAGAUGACUGGGCCCAGAGCUCAGGGGGCUUGGGAAUAACCAGGUCUGAGGACUCGGCUACUGGACAGGGAAGUACAGACUCGAAUCGCGAGACUCAGAGCACCACAGUGCCGUUCCCCGGCUUGCCUCGCGCUGCCUCAAGUCCACCAACGUUGAGUCCUUCGGGUAUGCUCACUCCGCGAAAACAGCGCUCUAGUGAAGCCAUUCGAGCCAAGAGAGAGUCGCUCGAGCACAAACGCUACGAGUGUGCCGAGUCUGGUGAUGACGAAGACGAGGAGCUUGGCAAUUUGCCGGCAAGGACGCAAAGCCCGAGGAAUCGCACGAGUCGGCCUGGCUCUAAACUCGGUAUCGAGAUGAUGAGAACCAACAGCCGAGGCAGCGUUAUUAGCACCAACGAGGAUCUGCUUAAGAGAGAUAAAGAGGUUGGAGAACGAAGCAUGAGUGGUGAUUCCGACGAUGCAGAUGAACAUGGGAAGAUUCGGUCUGGUCGAAGCUCGUUGGAAAACAGGUUUGAAGAGCUCAACAUUCCCGAAGAAGCUAUUUUGGCAUCUAUCGAAGACGACCUAAGCCCAGGAAAUUCCCCAUCUCCUCUAGCUCUAGCCUCAAGAUCGAUACUUUUGACACCUGAUGCCAAGCCACCGUUCUCUCGGUAUAUCACGGAGAUCUACAAAAGGGCAGGCAGUCGCGCGAACUCCGAAUCUCCUAAGCGAGGACAGAUAACUCCUCCCGUCGUCUUCCCCGGCCGCUCUCAGAAUUCCGACGAAGCAUACCCGAGCACACCCCCUAUUCCUAUUAUCUUGUCAGAUGGUACUGUCGACGCAAGACCAGAUACAUCGUCAAGUCUCACACCCAUUCCGGAUUCUGAUGCUACGCCUCGGCCUAUGCAUACGCCGUGCCCGCAUCCGGAUUCAGAAAAGACCCCUCGACCAGGAAGGUAG